UCAAAAUCGAGGAUGAAAAUGUAAACAAACAUUUUUUUAUUUCUCCAGAAAAAAGUGAUUAAUAUUUGUUUCUAAUUACAAUUUAGAGAAAUUUUUCUUUAUCAAUUUAAUUCUAAUCGAUAAUCUGUUAAGUCGGAACAUUGGGACUAAUUUAGUUGAUAAAACAAUCGACCGAUUAAAUUGUAUCAAUGACAUUUCCUUGGAGAUGAAAAUAUCUUAAGUGUUUUCCUUUUUUUUUUAUCUUAUACAUUUGAUUUUCACUUGAUCAACCAACAAUUAGAGUUAAAUUGUCCUCCGUUCUUUCAGUUAAUUUGGUUCAAAUUCUACUCCACAGUUGAUUGUUUCUUCAUCUUCAUCUUUUUUUUUGUGACCUGAUUAAUAUUCCAAAUGCUGAACAAAAUGUUAUCGUCUUCGACUCCCGAUGAAUCUGUUCCCCUUAUUUCUGGGCCUCCAUUGCGACGGAGGGAAAAUCGGAGUUUUAUGGGUUCGUGUUUUAUUUUAAUCGCUGGAAUUUUAGUUCUAUUCUAUAUGUAUCGACUUCUAAUUGGAUACCAAUCAGAUGUUACAUGUUCAUCACCGAAAUACGAUUAUGAUAUUUUGGCUAUUCGAUGGACUCCAUCUUUCUGUUCAACCCGAAAGUGUAUCAAUUUAACUGAAAACUGGGAAAUUCACGGACUUUGGCCUAGUUGGUCAAAUGGAUCCGAAGGGCCUGAAGAUUGUUGCUCCAAACCGACUUUCUUUGAAACUGAAUUGAAAACAAUUCUACCUCAAUUAUCUGUUGAUUGGCCUAAUCAAAUACCGACCAAAGAUCAAGAUAGUUUAUGGAAUCACGAGUGGUCCAAACAUGGAACUUGUUCAACUUUAUCCCGCUCGAAAAAUGGACUUUUGAACUAUUUUAAUACUACUCUGGCCUUAUUUCAUCGAUACCCGAUACAAUCUUGGCUUAAUGAGGCCAAAAUUAAACCAACACCAAUCGAUCAGAAAUUUGCUUAUACAUUGGAUGAGAUUCAUGAAGCAAUUGAAUCGAAAACAAAUUCAACCAUUUCAAUUCAUUGUACCAAAUUAGGUGCGAAAAUCAAAUUACUUGAUACAAUUUAUCUCUGUUUCAAAUCACCAUCCAUGGAGUUAAUAUCCUGUCCAGCUGAUCGAUGCUAUUCAGCUAAAAAAGUUAUUCUACCUCAAAAGUAAUCGAUUAAUCAACAAUUAAGACUAACAAUUUAAUCCAUCUGAUCAAUUUUACCAACACCAUCAAUUAAUCUCGUUGGAAAUAAUCAUCAUCAUUGACAAAGAUAAUCGGAUAUCAUUGAUAAUUCAUUUAUUUGCAUUUUUAAUCCGAUUCAUAAAUAGAUUUACAAUUUAAUUUAAUCAAAUCAAUUGAAAUAUUUCUAUAUGAUAUUAAUUGUAAACUUCUAAUAAGCAUUUAAUCAACUUUGCAAAUUUAA